UGCGUACAAAAUAUAACCUGUGUCAUUCCACCCACCGUUGCAGAUCGAGGAGCAUCCCAACGAAGAACCCAAAUAUCAUUGCCAGCAUGGACCUCGGGAAUGUCAGCUGAACAUUUUGCACGGCUGCAUUCUCAAAAAACUGCCACCCAAAAAGGCAUUCUCGGUGGUGGCGUGUCUCAUGAAAAACUUCCGCACUAGCUUCGAACAGUACAUGGAAGGACAUGAGUCGUUCCAAACCUCCGUCGUUAAUUGCAGCCAAGGGCAACAGGGAGCUAAGUUGUUCAAAGAGUUUGGCAACGAAACAGAUAACGUUCAUCGGCCACUUCCCUUCGUACCAACGAUUGUUGCUGAUGAGCCCUAUAACUAUUACGAGCAAGACGAGUGGUUUCAACAUCUUGACAGGAAGUUUAGGGAACGUUAUGAAAAAAAGUUUGUAAUUAAACUGUAG